AAAAACAUGGCGGAAAGUUUUGAAAUAACGCUUUUAUAAAUUGAAUUUUUUUAUGAAAUAUUGCCGAAUUUCGAUAAAAAUACCGAAAUGCAAUCCAGAUUUCCUUUUUUAAGGAGAGCAAGACAUUGCGAGUCUAUUAUCAGUAGAAGUUGUGGAAGUUUGAUGCGGAAAUCUCAACGCCGUGUUGUUGUUACGGGCCUUGGUCUAGUUACACCUCUUGGUAUAGGGACAGCUAAGGUCUGGGAAAACUUACUUCAAGGAAAAUGUGGAAUAACAAAAAUUCAUGAUGAAGAUUUCAAAGGGAUUCCAGCCAAAAUAGCUGCAUUUGUGCCAAGAGGUACAAAUCCAGGAGAAUUUGAAGACAAACAUUGGGAAACAAAACUUAACGUGGAUAGACGAAGUACCACAACAGAAGGCCUGUUUGCAUUAGUUGCUGCAUAUGAGGCACUAGAAGAUUGUAAAUGGAAACCAAUUAUGCAAGAACAAAAGGAAAGAACAGUAUGUCAAGUCAUUCAUCUCUAA